GGCUUAUGACUCGCUUGCAAAUAUUUGAUGUCAAGGGUAAUUUAUACGCUACGAAAUCUUGUUAAAACAAUGGCGUCCUUGCUAUGUUUUGUGGGUUUGCUGCUCGUAGGGUUCGCGUCAGCCAAUCUAGAAGGUCAUCAACAAAGAUCAACAAAACACCAUUCCUCACCUCACAAAAAUCAUCAUUCUGUCCAAAAUACACCCCUUGUCGAGCCAGGCGCUCAGAAAAAUAUAAUUGCGCACAAAACCCCACAGAAAACCACAUUACAGAAACCUCAAGUAAAGCAAUCCGUUCCACUGACUUCUGUAAAUAAACCAGCUGCGCAGAAUGAGGUUAAGACAGUAGAUUCUAAAGCAGUUGAGGGGACCAGACAAGCAACUGGAAGAGCAAUUUUAUUACAUAAUGCUAAUGGUCAGGGACAUGUUGUCCAAGACUCACCCAGUGGGAAAGCUCAAGUGAUUGUUAUCAACUCAGAGGUUGCAGCUGACAAUGGUGGUAAACUCGAUCCAUUCUCCCAAGAUUGUCUCGAUGCACAUAACAACUAUCGAGCUAAACAUGGAGUCCCCCCUCUUAUGUGGUCACGUGAAUUGGCAGAUGGAGCGCAAAACUGGGCGGAUCAACUGGCGUCCACUGACUCUUUACAACACGAUGAAGUCGCCAUACACAACCGGAAGAUGGGAGAGAACCUGGCUUAUUUUCAACCAGCCGUUCCGAAAUGCGAAGGUGCCAUGGUUGACAACUGUGUUAACUGCCGAGAGAUGGUCCAACGGUGGUACGAUGAAGUUAAGAACUAUGAUUUUGAUAAAGGAGGACCUAAGGCAGCCAGCAGUGCUUACAAACACUUUAGUCAGUUGAUUUGGGCUAACACCGCUGAACUCGGAGUUGGAACCGCGGUCAGUAAACGGUAUGGCUUUAUAACAGUGGCACGGUACAGACCGACGGGAAAUGAUGGCGGGAUUGAGGAGUUCAUAAGGAAUGUUCCUCCAGAAGGAGGACCUCUACCGACAUUAUCUGCACCACUCCAAGACAAUGCAAAACACGCGGGGGACGAAAAAAUCUCCCCUUUAUCGCAGAAAUCUCCAGUUGUUUCCCAAGCAACAACAAACUCAGUUGCUUCUCAAACAGCAAACAAAGAUUCAUCCAAAGCCGACAAGGAGAAGGGCUACGCGCCAACCGUAACAAGCGGGGCUCCAAUUUUGGCUAAAGGAGCCAAACUUGGAGGUCAACUGGCGUCUGUUCAACCAAUAGACAAAGAGCAGCAUCACAAGGGUGGUUUUGUGCACACACUGACAGCCAAUGACGGAACGAAGGCUCAGGUUUACCUUAGCAGAAAUGGAGCCCAUGCGGGCAUAGUAUUCAGAAACGAAAUAUCCAGAGUGACUUCAGAUGAGGAUACGACAGGAGUGAAAAGGACGAUAAAUGUGCUGUAACAAUUUUGAAAUGUUUUCCAUCAUAAAACUAAUGAACAGGAGUCUGUCUAAAUACCAUAGAAUGACUGGACAGUAGUUUUCAAGGUCGUUUAAAACUGAUAUUCAAAGCAGUCACUGCUGAUAAACGCAUCGCAUAAAAAGGAACAGAUAAUGUUCUAAACCUCAGUAAAAUCACGAGAUCUAACAAUUCCCCUUGUAGAUUUUGUACAUUCACUUGUAAAUUUAUUAAGAGAAUAUGGAGUUACAUCGUGUGAUAUAUCCAUAGUAGUAUAGUUAGUUUAGAGUCGUAUGGGAAGGGUCGGGUAAUCUGCAGUUUUCAAACAAACAGAGUCGCACCUUUUGGCGCCGUGAAGGAUUGAGACAAUGCAAUGUCAUCACGAUAAUAACAUUUUAUUUAUUUUCGUUAUUAUACCAGUAUUAUUCAGAAUCUUAAAUUAUGAUUAACUUGAAUUUUAAGGACUCUUAAUACAGUAGCAUGGAUUAAUUAUUCUAUGAAGAAAAGUUGCCUGCAAGGCAGGAAGGCUUGUACGGGUUUUAAGGGUUCAUAUGGGGAUUUAAAGUAAACUGGUACCGAGAACAUCACAGAAAGCAUAUGACGGUUUGAGUCAAAAGUUCGCUCUGAAAAUGUGAUUAAAAUUUCAUUCAGUGCUGCUGCAACUGAAAAACGCUGAAGAAAAUG